AUGUCUACAACGCAAUCCACAAUUGUCUUGCCGCCAGAGGCACAUAGUGAAGACUUCUGGUCCUCGCACUCACUAUCUGUUGCGACACCUCUGGAGUCUCUUCCCAGCCCAGGCGACCACUCUCUUAGCGAAGAGCAGUUGUUUCCACAGACACCCAUCCGACCUCUAGACACCGCCAGUGUCCAAGGGCCUGUGCCAGCCACCGUCAUUGAAUUGAGCAGCCUGAGGAUCAGACAAGCCGAAAAUGCCACGGUCAACGACUCGCCACCUGCUGGCCUCUCUGAAGAACGAGGCAGCCCGACGCAUCCUGUUUCUCAGGGCGUUCCGCCUGAGCUUCGCAAUCUCUUGGCGGAGAUCAUCUUCGUCCUAGUUUGCACGGCCGGCCAGGUCAUGUUUUCGCUGACUUUCGGCCAGGUUGUGGUUAAUCAGUUUGUGUUUCGAGAAGCAUUGGGUAUUGUCCCCGCGCAGACUCCUUGGCUCGUGGGCUCUUCAGCAUUGGCAAGCGGCUUGUCAGUCAUUGUUUUUGGCCCGUUGGCUGAUUUGGCCCCUCCGAAACCACUCAUGGUCGGAGCUUUUGUAUGGGAGGCGGUAUGGAACGCAGUGGCCGGCACGGCUAUUUCUCCAAAACUCAAGAUCCUCUUCUUUGUAGCUCGGGCUAUGCAGGGCCUGGCUGUCGGAGUGCUCGUGUCAACCUCGAUGAGUAUUCUUGGCCGAGUGUACAAUCCAGGCAUUCGCAAAACACGCGUGUUUUCACUAAUGGCAGCGGGGGCGCCGUUUGGUUUCUGGAUUGGCUGUGUCCAAGGCGGUCUCCUCACUGCUCAUCUCAACUGGAUAUUCCGCAGCACAGCCAUUUUCCUGGCAGUUUGUGCGCUUGCUGCUUAUUUCACGAUCCCCGAUCUGCGGCCGGCUGCGGAUAGUAACGCUGCAGAUGUGCCUUCGAUCCGGCAGUUUGAUUACAUGGGCGCCUUACUUGCGUCUCUGGGCAGCGGGCUGAUUCUUUUUGGGCUUACGCAGGGUUCGGCGGCACAGUGGAAUCCGUAUACCUAUACCUUGAUUAUUGUUGGGUUCCUUUUGCUCGUCGCGUUUCACUUCGUAGAGCGCCGUGUUGCUCGUCCUCUGAUCCCGAACGGCAUUUGGAAGACGCCUGGAUUUGUUGCAGUUUUGGUAUCCUACAUUUUCGGAUUCGGGGCUUAUACCGGUGCAUGGCAGUUUUAUGCCAUUCAGUUUUGGAUACGCUAUCAAGGGGCCACUCCACUCACAGCAGCGUUGUAUAUUCUACCUAAUGGUAUCGUAGGCAUUCUUGCAGCCUGGAUUGUCUCCAAGACUCUUCACGUGGUUCCUGGCCACUGGAUAUUUGCUACUAGCAUGGUUUGCUUUGGCUUGGGGCCGGUAUUCUUCCUUCCACAAACACCCAAUACCUCAUACUGGGCCAUGUCGAUGCCUGGCGUAGCCUUGGCAACAUUUGGGCCUGAUCUCAGUUUUGCAGCGGCUUCAAUCUUCAUUACUUCAAGUGUGCCCAGGUCGUACCAGGGUGCCGCUGGUAGUCUUUUAGUUACUGUGCAGAACUUGACUCUGGCGAUGAUUACCUCUGUGUCAGACUCUAUCGGGAUCAAGGUCGAUCAACUUCCUUCUGGAGAGGUAGGACUUCAAGGUAUGCGCGCUAUCUGGUGGUUUGGCUUUGCUUCGGCCAUGGUUGGAGCGUUAAUUACCAUUACCAUGGUUCGAAUUCCAAAAGCAGAGGAGAAGGAACACGUGCAGUAA